AUGGACAGAAGACUCAAUAUCACUCCGGAAACCUUCAACCAGCUGCUAAAAGAACACAAUAUGAGCAGGCUGGAGUUCAUUGCAGCCUAUGGACUCAAGCCCUUGGUUUACAUCCCAGAGCUACCCCUCAAUGCCAAGGUCAUCUUUCUGGUUCUUUAUAUUAUUAUCUUCAUCUUGGCUUUGUUUGGCAAUAGCCUUGUGGUCUAUAUCAUUAUCAGGAAGAAGGCAAUGAGAACAGCCACUAAUAUCUUCAUCUGUUCUCUGGCUUGCAGUGACUUGCUAGUAACUUUCUUUUGUAUCCCUUUCACUUUGCUGCAGAAUAUUUCAUCUGAGUGGCUGGGAGGACCUUUUGUCUGUAAGAUGGUUCCUUUUAUUCAAACGACAGCGGUUGUGGCCAGCACAUUAACAAUGACCUGCAUUGCAGUGGAAAGGUACCAAGGAAUAGUCCAUCCACUGAAAAUGAAGAGGCAGUAUACCAACAGGAGGGCCUACAAAAUGCUUGGGUUUGUGUGGACAAUCGCUAUUGUAGUAGGAUCUCCAAUGCUUCAUGUGCAAACAUUAGAGGUGAAAUACGACUUGUUGUAUAACUUGUAUCAUGUGUGUUGCCUGGAGUCCUGGAGCAAUGCUGGACUGCGCCAAGCCUAUGCCAUCUUCAUCCUGGUGGCCCUGUUCCUGGUACCACUUGCUGCCAUGCUUCUCCUGUACACCCGUAUCGGGUACGAGCUGUGGAUUAAAAAGCGCAUUGGAGACUGCUCAGUGCUGAACACUUUAAGCCGUAAUGAAAUGGCAAAGAUCACCAGGAAGAAGAAACGAGCUGUAAUGAUGAUGGUGAUUGUCGUGCUUUUCUUCACGGCUUGCUGGGCUCCCUUCCAUGUGGUCCACAUAUUAUUUGAAUACAAUGACCUGGAAGAGGAAUACGAUGAUGUAACAGUAAAAAUGAUUGUGGCCAUUGUACAAGCUGUUGGAUUUUUUAACUCAUUCAACAACCCAGUGGUCUACACUUUCAUGAAUGAAAACUUUAAGAAAAGCCUGGUGGCUGUGCUUUUCUGUCACUUCAGAGUUCAAGAACAAGCUGAGAAACGGGACUGUAAUAAUCUGGAGAAGCCCAAGGUUGGGACAUCCAACUUUACUCAUAGAAGAGAAGGACGUAGCCCUCACAGUCAACUCAGUGCAGAGAACUUGGAGCUCCGUCUAUGUGAGCAAUUUCCAGCUGCCAAACUGGAAUCUGUCACCUACCCUUUGGUGAGCUCUCAUAAAGACCUUUUACCCAACGGACAGUCUGCAUAAUCACUGCUGAACGGUCUUUCGUCAAUGGAAG